AUGUUUUUAAAAACUAAAGUGAACAAUGAUUUAACAAUAUGGAUGAAUAACCAGUCAGGGGCAUUACUUAAACAAGUAAUAAUUGAAAUAAACUGUUCAAGUAAUGAUGAAGACGAGGCUAUCUCAAAUAUUACUAAGAUAAGUAUACUUAUGAAUGAAACUUCAUUGCAAUAUGCUAGUAUAGGCGAGACUAUUCGUUUAGACUGUUUGCUCGAAAUCGUCCAAUUUUGGCGAAAACUUACAACACAUUUCAUAGUAGCUGCAUGUGAAGGUGGAUCACCAGUUGUUCACUCAACAAUAUCAAACAGAAUUUAUGUUUCUGAUACCUGUCAUAUUCUGACAAUACAUAAUUUUACAAAGGAGGAUGUUGGAAUAUAUCGUUGUUUUACCAUCAACACCAAACAUGACAUCAAUAUUACACUUCGAACCCUGACAAUUGUCGAAGCGAAAGGUUACAGUAUAAUCCAGCGUAAAGAAGGGGAAAAUGUAAACUUGACUUGUUUUAUGAAUGAGGCAAAACAUGAUCCUAUAAUGCACUGGAGAGCUGAUGAAAAUGUACUAGUGUCAAACAGAUCAAAUUAUGUGAUUUAUCGUUUUGAGACUCAACUAACUGAUGACAGGAAACAUUUUGUAUGUACUGCAAACAAUAGUAGAUUUAAUCAUCCCCUUAAAGCUGAGGUACAACUGAAUCUUAUCCUUAAACCUCGUGUAGCAGUUAUAUCGUCUCCACCUCUACCAACGGUUAAAAAAGGACACACAAUUACAUUAUCGUGUCAGGAGAAAUCAGGCAAAAAUGGAACGAUUGACAGUUUUUUUUGGAGUCAUGAUGGAAAACUUCUAUCAAACAAUUCCCAAUUACAGUUUACAAGAACCAAAAUAGCAGAUGCAGGAAUGUACAAAUGCACUGCCAGGAAUAGAGCUGGAGAAGAUUCUGGAGAUAUAGAAAUUACCGUUACAUGUGAGAUUUUUUAUCUUAAUUAA